AAACCGUCCAAUAGAAAACUCAGAUCAGCAACGACAACAAGACAUCGCUUUGGUUUUCUCUCAAUGGCGAAUCCCAAAUCUCACCUCUUCUCUCUCUCCUUCUUCUCACUUCUUCUUCUUCAUUUCCCCGCCGUUUCCUUGGGCCAGACGCUCUUCGUCUUUGGCGAUAGUCUUUACGACGCCGGCAACAAACAGUUCGUCUCUUCGAAUCGUGUCGACUCUAGAUUUCCUCCGUAUGGAGUUACUGUAGGAGAGGCUACGGGACGGUGGUCCGAUGGUCGUAUCAUUCCCGACUAUCUCGCUACUUUCAUGGGUAUUCCUGAAAUCCCUCCGAUUCUCCGAGGCACGGCGGAUUUCACUCAUGGAGCUAACUUUGCCAUCGCGGACGCCACCGUUCUCGGCUCCCCUCCGGAGACGUUGACUCUGUCACAACAAGUGAUGAAGUUCUCUGACAACAAGAACAAAUGGACAGCUCAAACACGUUCCGAAGCUAUCUACUUGUUCUACAUUGGCUCUGAUGAUUACUUGAACUAUGCAAAGAACAACCCGAAUCCUUCUGAUGAUCAGAAAGAAGCUUUUGUGGAUCGAGUCAUCACUUCUGUAGAAGCAGAACUAAAGGUGAUUUACGGGUAUGGAGGCAGGAAGUUUGCGUUACAGAGCUUGGCACCGCUGGGUUGCUUACCGGCCGUCAAACAAGCAAGCGGUAAUGUUCAGGAAUGCGUGAGAUUGCCUUCGGAGAUGGCGGCUUUGCAUAACAAGAAGCUGAUGCAGCUCUUGGUUGAACUUUCUCGACAACUCAGUGGUUUCCAGUACUCUUUUUAUGACUUCUUCAGCUCCAUCCAGAACAGAGUUAUCAAGUCUACGACUUACACAUUCGAGACGGGAAUGGUUGCUUGUUGUGGAACUGGAAGCAGUUGCUCUACGAACAAUGUAUGCGCUAACCCUGAAGACUAUCUCUUCUUCGACGGUAAGCAUUUGACACAAGAAGGGAACCUUCAGGCUGGACAUUUGAUUUGGGGAUCAGAUCCGGAAGUGAUUGGACCGAACAAUCUCAGGGAGCUUCUUUUCAUUCCUUUGGACACUGAAGUCAUCUUAGCUGAUAUACAGGAAGCUAGAGAUUCCACGAGGAGGCCGAGACAGAUCAAGAUUGAGAGUCUACAUUAUCAAGAAGUUGGAAUCAGUGAUGGAGAACCAAUGGCUUUAUCAAGUUGAUAAAGCUAGCUCCUUUCUGAUCGAAGAUUGUGUUGCAAUAUUUGGUCAAAGCCAGAAAGAUGGAGUUUAAGGAGUUAUUGUAAUAAUAAGCAAAACAAGAAAAAUGAGACUAUCUUUUUCUUUUGUUUUGUGAUAAAACAGUGAUGUGGGUACAGAUUGUGUUGCAAUAUGUGGUAAAAAAACCAAACAUUAUUAUA